CGAUGACGUCACGCUGUGAGAACGCGGGGUAAAACACCCGCUAGCAUCCACCGGUGUUGUGUCUUUCAUUGCCGCCCAGCAGCACGGCGCCACACUCGGAGCACAAAGUUGUCCAAUACACCCAAGACUCAACCAGGGAACACAGCCGUGGACGAUAUUAAGACAACUUGAAGAGGAAUCUCCUAUAAAGGAAAAAAAAAAUGUCGGAAAUUCUAUCCUGCGUGGAACCGCGGGAAGAAGAGCAGAUGGAAGUCGAGGAAGCGCCGGGAGCGGAGGAAAAAUCUGAUUCCGAUGCUGGCAAGGAAUCCUCUUCAGACGCUGGACCCGAUGGCCAACAUGCGUCGUCCUCCUCCUCGACCAAAACCAAGGUUUCUAUGCCCGGUUAUGAAGAGAAAGUGCAAACAGACCGGACCAACAGAUUCGACUAUCUGUUGAAGCAAACCGAGUUAUUUGCUCAUUUCAUCCAACCGGCUGCACAGAAGACACCUACCUCCCCGCUGAAGAUGAAGCCGGGGCGUCCCCGAAUCAAGAAAGAUGAGAAACAGAACCUGUUGUCUGCUGGAGACAACCGUCAUCGUCGCACAGAGCAAGAAGAGGACGAAGAACUGCUCAGCGAGAGCACCAAGACCACAAACGUCUGCACCCGCUUCGACGAUUCGCCCUCGUACGUCAAAUCGGGUAAAAUGAGGGACUAUCAGGUCCGCGGUCUAAACUGGCUCAUCUCUUUAUACGAGAACGGCAUCAACGGAAUCCUUGCUGAUGAAAUGGGUCUGGGAAAGACUCUCCAAACCAUUUCUUUGCUGGGCUACAUGAAGCACUACAGAAACAUCCCCGGGCCGCACAUGGUCCUGGUGCCCAAGUCCACCCUCUACAACUGGAUGAACGAGUUCAAGAGAUGGGUCCCGUCUCUACGCGCUGUCUGUCUCAUAGGAGACCGAGACCAGAGGACGGCCCUCAUCAGAGACGUGCUGCUGCCGGGCGAAUGGGACGUGUGCGUGACCUCUUAUGAGAUGCUCAUCAUCGAGAAGGCAGUGUUCAAGAAGUUCAACUGGAGAUACCUGGUCAUUGACGAAGCUCACAGGAUCAAGAACGAGAAGUCAAAGUUGUCCGAGAUCGUGCGAGAGUUCAAGACCACAAAUCGCCUUCUGCUGACCGGAACGCCUCUGCAGAACAACCUCCACGAAUUGUGGGCUCUGCUCAACUUCCUGCUCCCUGAUGUCUUCAACUCAUCAGAGGACUUUGAUUCCUGGUUUGACACCAACAACUGCUUGGGUGAUCAGAAGCUGGUGGAACGUCUUCACACCGUGCUGCGCCCUUUCUUGCUCCGGCGUAUCAAAGCCGAUGUAGAGAAGACACUCCUACCGAAAAAGGAGAUCAAGAUGUACGUGGGCCUCAGUAAAAUGCAGAGAGAAUGGUACACAAAGAUCCUCAUGAAGGACAUCGACAUCCUGAACUCAGCCGGCAAGAUGGACAAGAUGCGUCUGCUCAACGUUCUCAUGCAGCUGAGGAAGUGCUGCAACCACCCUUACCUGUUCGACGGCGCCGAGCCCGGCCCGCCCUACACCACAGACCUCCACCUGGUGGUCAACAGCGGCAAGAUGGUGGUGCUGGACAAGCUGUUGCCCAAGAUGAAGGAGCAGGGCUCCCGCGUGCUCAUCUUCAGCCAGAUGACCAGGGUUUUGGACAUCUUGGAGGACUACUGCAUGUGGAGGAACUACGGCUACUGUCGCCUAGACGGUCAGACACCACACGAGGAGAGACAGAUCUCCAUCAAUGCGUACAACGAGCCCAAUAGCAGUAAGUUCAUCUUCAUGCUGAGCACCAGAGCCGGCGGCCUCGGUAUCAAUCUGGCCACCGCCGAUGUCGUCAUCCUCUACGACUCAGACUGGAACCCCCAAGUCGACCUUCAGGCUAUGGAUCGAGCGCACAGGAUCGGUCAGCUGAAGCAGGUACGCGUCUUCCGCUUCAUCACGGAGAACACCGUAGAGGAGAGGAUCGUGGAGAGGGCCGAGAUGAAGCUGCGCUUGGACUCCAUCGUCAUCCAGCAAGGCCGACUUGUGGAUCCGAGCGCCAACAAGCUGGGCAAAGACGAGAUGCUGUCCAUCAUCCGUCAUGGCGCCACGCACGUGUUUGCCUCCAAGGAGAGCGAGAUAACGGACGACGACAUCGACGCCAUCCUGGAGAGGGGAGAGAGAAAGACGAUGGAGAUGAAGGAGAAGCUGUCUUCCCUGGGAGAGAGUUCUUUGAGGAACUUCACAAUGGACACGGAGAACAGCAGCGUGUACACCUUCGAGGGAGAAGACUACAGAGAGAAGAAGAAGGUCAUUACCAACUGGAUUGAGCCCCCCAAGAGAGAAAGGAAGGCAAACUACGCUGUGGACGCCUACUUCAGGGAAGCCCUCCGAGUCAGUGAGCCCAAAGCCCCCAAGGCUCCUCGUCCACCCAAGCAGCCAAACGUCCAAGACUUCCAGUUCUUCCCGCCGCGUCUCUUUGAGCUCCUUGAGAAAGAAAUCCUCUUCUAUAGAAAGACCAUCGGCUACAAGGUGCCCCGCAAUCCUGAAAUGCCCAACUCAGCCCAGGUCCAGAAGGAGGAGCAGGGCAAGAUCGAUGAAGCAGAAGCUCUGAGCGAGGAGGAGCUGGAGGAGAAGGAGAACCUCCUGCAGCAGGGAUUUACCAUUUGGAACAAACGCGACUUCAACCAGUUCAUCAAAGCUAACGAGAAGUGGGGACGAGAUGACAUUGAGAACAUCGCCAGGGAGGUGGAAGGCAAAACUCCAGAGGAAGUGAUGGAGUAUUCUGCUGUGUUCUGGGAGCGCUGCAACGAGCUCCAGGACAUUGAGAAGAUCAUGGCCCAGAUAGAGCGAGGAGAGGCAAGAAUCCAGAGAAGGAUCAGCAUCAAAAAGGCUUUGGACUCUAAGAUUGGUCGCUACAAGGCCCCGUUCCACCAGCUGCGCAUCUCCUACGGAACCAACAAAGGGAAGAACUACACAGAGGAGGAGGACCGCUUCUUAAUCUGCAUGCUGCACAAGCUGGGUUUCGACAAGGAGAGCGUGUACGACGAGCUGCGCCAGUGCAUUCGCAACUCGCCACAGUUCCGCUUCGACUGGUUCCUCAAGUCCAGGACGGCCAUGGAGCUCCAGAGGCGAUGCAACACGCUGAUCACGCUCAUCGAGAGAGAGAACAUGGAGCUUGAGGAGAGAGAGAAGGCAGAGAAGAAGAAGAGAGGUCCAAAGACGGGCUCGGCCCAGAAACGGAAGCCUGAAGCCACCUCGGAUGGUCGCGGACGGCGAAAAAAGCUGAAGUUGUGAAGCUGCCCAUUCACUGUAUGUACAGCUUCAGUUCAUUAGCCAGCUACACAUUUUGACAGCAGGAGUAGUUUGAAGGCUUUAAUGGUCUCAAACAUCAUAGACUCAUUGUUUGCUUCUAACGACCUCGGCGUUGUCAUGCACUGAAACACUUGGAGCAGUGCUGAUUUUCUUUCUUUUCAGUCUCUUUUUUUUUACCAGUACUUAAUGGAAAUAAUCGUAUUUAUGCUUGUUGGUUGUACCACAUUCCAUUUGUUUUUUCUUUGUGAAGUAGAAAUGUUAUUUUUUUCUCAAAUAAAAAUCCCUUUUAUAUAAAAAGAAAAAAA